CUCAUGCCUUGGGUGUGAGUGUAGAGGGGGAGGCCACAGCACCUGAAGGCUGAGUGACUGGCCUCAUUCUGAUAUCCUUCCAGAAAGAUGAAGCAUCUGUUGGUCUGGCUGCUCCUCUCCUCCCUCAGUUCCCUCUCUUCUUGUGAGAUAAGAGGCAUGUUGGUGGUGGUCCAGUCUCCUCAUAAUGUAACAGUAACAGAGGGGGACACUGUUCAGAUCCAGUGCUGCUGGAAUCAAAAUGUGUCAAGAGGGACAGUUAAUUGGCAUAAAAAAGAAGGACACAGCGAGAUAAAAUAUAAGAGUGUCCUGGUCACCUACAGUCAGUGUUAUGACAGGGCAUCUCAGCAGAAUGUAGCCUGUAACUGCUCAAAUUGGACCAUCUCAAACGUCACUAAAAAUUACACGGGUACUUACGUCUGUAAAGUUUCUUUAGAGAUCCCAUCUCUUAUUGAAUCCGUGGGGAAUGGGACACGAAUAACAGUUACGUUCCAAAACACGACAAACAAUGAUUUCUCAGAAGAAAAACUGUCCCAGCAGCUGCCUAUCAUGAUUCCACUUGCUGUCCUGACCCUGUUCCUCCCCCCUCUCAUCUGCCUGUACAGGGCAUGGAAAAGACACCAAGGUGGUGCCCCAGACAGAACAGUCAGGGUGAUCCACGAGACUCCCAACCAUGAGGACGAGGAGUUGAAUAUGGAGGAGCUGGAAGAGGCAGCCAAUCAGAGCUCUUCCUCCUCCAGAGGAUCCACCCAAUGGUGUCAAGUCCAGGUGUAUGAAUCACUUGAUUACUUGGCUUUACCAACCCAAGACAAAGGUUAAGGACCGGCUGUGAAUGUAUUUUUCUAUUGCGUUUCAUGUGUCAGUCAUCUUACAGUAUGUAUGUACAGUGUAUUUUUGAUGUGUGUGUAUUUGUUUUAAAUUUGAUUGCAGUAGGUACUUACUGCUAUUGUUUCUUCUUUAAACCAUUUUUACUGUG